AUGACUGCUACGCCUUCGAAACAUCAGCUAUGGCAUCCUACUCGGGGAAUAUCGUUCUCACCUGGCCCGCGAUCCCCCACUCCUUCUGCGCAUGAUGCGCGCGGCCCGGAUGGAAGCCCUGCUGCUGCUGCUGCUACAGAACGGUAUGUUUUUGCCGCGCCAAAGCAUAGCUCAGACGCCGCGCCGAUGUCAGACAUCGAGGCGCAGUUGCGGUCGCAACCGUCUAUGCUUGUAGAGGAUGCGAUGCCGGCUUUCAUAAGGGCUGGCUCAAACGCGCCUCCCAAGCCUGCGGGUCAGGAUGCAGCUACACCAGCCUCGGAAGAGAGCAGGGAGCCGCCGCCAAAGAAGGCGACCGAUGACCCGCCGUUCCCAGCGUUGGACUUCAAGAUCGUAGAUGACUUGUUCUAUGCCGCGAAGAAGGCCCCCGCUGGGUCUUCCGAGUCCUUUUGGUCUUACACUCAAUACCGAGGGAAAGCGGACGAUGGGACCGAGCAGAAGGUCAAGGUGCACUACUGUCGCAGCAAGCACACUAUGGAAAGAGUGUGUCAGCAAUACUUCAUAGAUGAGGAGGUCCUCGGAUUUGAUCUCGAAUGGGUGCCGGACGCCAUGAAAACUCAGGGCUUAAAGAAGAACAUCUCGCUGAUCCAGCUGGCGAGCCCCAGCCGUAUCGGGCUGUUCCAUGUCGCUCUCUUCAAGGACGAGGAGGAGAUGGUUGGGCCGUCGUUCCGGGCUAUCAUGGAAGAUCCGGGCAUCACGAAGGUAGGCGUCGCCAUCAAGGGCGACUGUACUAGGGUGCGAAACUUCCUGGAUAUUCACUCUCGCGGCCUGAUGGAGCUGAGUCACAUGUACAAGCUCGUCACCUUCUCUUCGCAGGGCCAGUAUCAGAACAUCAACAAGCGACUGGCGCCGCUGGCACUCCAGGUCGAGCAGUAUCUUCACCUGCCCCUAUUCAAGGGGACCGAUGUCCGGUCUAGCGACUGGUCAAGGCCCCUGAAUAUGGACCAGGUUAUCUACUCCGCUUCGGAUGCCUAUGCUGGGUUGCAUCUCUAUGCGACCCUCGAGCACCACAGGAAGCAAUUGGUUCCUUGCCCGCCACCCGUGCACCACGCGGAGCGAAACCUGCCAAUCCGGCAGGCAGAAGGUAUCGAGCUAGCCACGGUCGACGAUGCCGUCGAGACCGUGGAAGACACGGCCAAGACGGAAGCAGUGCCCGCGCCGUCUGGUAAAUACGUCGCCUCCGUAUUGGAAAGCAUCCAGAUCGAGGACCUGGUCAAGGCGGCAACCACGAUAACAACCCCAGACAACACAAAGGCAGCCAAAAAGACCACUGCCGCCGCCUCCCCGGCCGCCCCCGCUACUCCAGCAGCCCCCAAAGACUCCCGCGUCGAAGCAGCCGAGGACCGCGCGGCCACCUACCGGGCCGCACACCCGAAGUCGCGCGCCGUCUUCUCGCAGCUCCGGGCCUACUACCUGUGGCACUGUUACGGGUUGACCCCCGAGGCCGUCGGGCGUCUGCUGCGGAACCCGCCCCUCAAGACGGCGACCAUUGCCAGCUACAUCUUGACGGUCGUGCAAUUCGAGCGCUCAUUGCUGCUGGGUGUCGAUCGCGAUCGCUUGCGCGAGGAGGUCGUGGCGAGGAUGCAGUUGAGCGCGCUUCGGUCGAGGUGGCCGGGGGUGGCUGGCGUGGUUGGCGUUGCUGGUGGUCAGGUGUAG